AGGAUCUUUGGAGCCGAGUGGUUACUGAUCAGCUGACUGCGUCGAUCGGUUGGACCGUCGUCCUUCCACUGGACAUUUUUCGGUUUAGUGAUUAAAAAAUCCGCACAGAACCAGACUGAUCGAACCACCGGGACGAGGACAUGCCGUCUUUGCUGUUCUGCGGGCCCAAGAUGGCCGCGUGCGGGAUAGUGAUCAGCAUCUGGGGGGUGAUAAUGCUGGCAAUGUUGGGAAUCUUCUUCAGCGCGAAGUCGGCUGUGCUGAUUGAAGACGUCCCCUUCACUGAAGCGGACAUCCGAGACGAUAAAAAUCCUCCUGGGAACAUCUACAGUCUGUACAACCAGGUCGGCAUCAACUGCUUCAUCGCCGCCGCCAUCUACGUGGCUGUGGGCGCCGUGUCGCUGUGCCAGGUCCGCCUCAACAAACGACAGGAGUACAUGGUCACAUAGACCUGACCUUUGACCCCUCACGUCAGUCGCUGGACGUCACCUUCCCCAGUUACUGUCAGCGGUUUCUUUUGAAACUGACCACGGAUUGAACAGCUGAUGUUUAAUGCAGGUUUCAGAUGGAUUAUUUAUUUUCAAUGUGUUUGUUACUGUUGUUGUUGUUGUUGGAUCAAAUGUUAAAAUCAUUCCUUCAUACAUGUGAUACAUAAAAGCGACAUGCACGUCUGAUUUCUUUGUACUGAAGUGGAAAAGCAUUUUGAAUAUUCCCAAUUUUUAUUUUCAUCACUGGUCCAAAUGUUGUUUUAAAGAGAAGAAACCGUGAUGACCUGCUGAAAUAAGACGAUGUAUUGAUAAUUAAAUGUGUGUACGUAUGUGGGGAUUGGACCAUAUUGCAAAAAUAUGUGCAAUAAAGUGUGUGUAAGUACUGA